AUGACUACAGUUAUAGAUUUUGUGAAGGGACAUGUCAACGCAUAUAUGCCUUCACUUGCAGGAAAUUCAGUUUAUGUUGAUUUUAUGUUCUUGAAGAAGUACAUGCCCGAUCUCGCUAGUCUUUUCUCUCACGUUCUCGUUGAUAUCAGCAGUAUCAAAGCUUUAUGUUGCCAUUGGUUCCCAGAAGAUGAUAAAAAGGCUCCAAAAAAGGAGAAGAAGCAUGGAGCCGUACUGGAUGAGAUCAAAGAAAGCAUAACCGAGCUCAAAUAUUACAAGGAACAUGCAUUCAGAUCACCAAAGUCUAAGAGGUAACAAUAUGUGAAGGCCAAUUAGAAGCCAGCUGGACAACA